AUGAGCUUCUACAGCAGCUACUCCAGAGGCCUGGGCUGUGGCUUUGGUGACUUUGGUGGUUAUGGCUAUGGCUCUGGUUGUGGCCACCACCAUAGACUAGGCUGUGGAUACGGCUCUCACUGUGGAGACUGUGGAUACGGCUCUCACUGUGGAGGCUGUGGAUACGGCUCUCACUGUGGAGACUAUGGAUACGGCUCUCACUGUGGAGGCUGUGGAUACGGCUCUCACUGUGGGGGCUGUGGAUACAGGUCUCACUGUGGAGACUAUGGAUACGGCUCUCACUAUGGAAGCUUUGGACGUGGAUCUGGCUUUGGAAACUCUGGACGUGGAAUUCACUCUGGAAGCUAUGGAUAUGGCUGCUGCCGUCGUCCCUCUUGUUAUGGUGGAUUUGGCUUCUCUAGCUUCCACUAA